GUAUGAACCUACUCAUCUUCCCAACUGUUUUCCCUUCCCAGUGGUACCACCUUUGAUCAUGACUGAUCCCUAUUCUAAUUACAUCAAUGGAUGGUUCAACCUACACCACCUCUCUUCCUCCACCUCUAGUUCUUCCAACCCUUCUCUCUACACUCCUCCUUUUGGCUUCAAGUACUGCAUCUACUCCAACAAAAACAACAAUAUUAGCCCUAUUUUGGACACAAAUUACUAUCAACCCUCACCUCCCUCAUCUCCUCCUCUCAGAGAAGCUCUUCCUCUCCUCAGUUUAAGCCCAGCAAGAAGUACUGAUCAAGAACAAGAUCAAUAUUUACCUAAUUGCACUGCAGCCAUGGCCAAGAACAAAGAAGAAGAGAGCUUCUUAUCUGGAUCUGCUGCUGAUCAUGAAAAUGAUGAUGAUGAUGAUGAUACUCAUCAUGUGACAGUAGCCCUAAAUUUAGGGCUCCCUAGUCCUGCUACUUCUACUGAUGCAGAUCUGAUCUCUAGGAUUUCCUCAUCAACAAAAGAAAUGGCAGAUAAAGAAGAUAAAGUCACUGUUGCAAAUGGUACUAAUUAUCCCACAAGCACACUCAACAAAGGCCACUAUUGGAUUCCAACCCCUACCCAGAUUCUGAUUGGUCCUACACAGUUCUCAUGUCCUCUUUGCUUCAAGACCUUUAAUAGAUACAACAAUUUGAAGAUGCAUAUGUGGGGACAUGGAUCUCAGUAUAGAAAAGGGCCAGAGUCUCUGAGGGGAACACAACCAACAGCCAUGCUUAGGCUACCUUGCUAUUGCUGUGCACCAGGGUGCAGGAACAACAUCGAUCACCCGAGAGCGAAACCGCUCAAAGAUUUCAGAACCCUCCAGACACAUUACAAGAGAAAGCAUGGAAUCAAGCAAUUCAUGUGCAGGAAGUGUUGUAAGGCCUUUGCUGUGAGAGGUGACUGGAGAACCCAUGAGAAGAACUGUGGGAAGCUUUGGUAUUGCACUUGUGGUUCUGAUUUCAAGCACAAAAGGUCUCUCAAGGACCACAUCAAGGCAUUUGGGCAUGGUCAUGCUGCUUAUGGCAUCGACUGCUUCGAAGAAGAAGAAGAUGAACAGGCCUCCGAGCAAGAAAAUGAAUCCUCACAGGGAGACAUAUGAAUUAGGGUUUUAUAUUAUAUUAUGCUGAGAUAUGACUCAGGUUUGGAUUUGAGUCCUCUCCAAAUAUAUAAUUUCACUCCAAUUAAGCCUAUAUCCAACAAUCAAAAUCAUAUCAUGUCGUCACUUGCACAACUAACUACUCAAGUACGUACUUUCUAAUUGUUUUGAUAUAUAAUUUAAGAAUAAUGAUGAGUAGUUUAAAAGUCGAAUGUGUCAUAUUGUUUUAUGUAAGUGGGGAUGACUCUUACUCACAUGAUUUGAAUCCAAUGACCUCGACUGUUGAACUCGUAUUAUUUAUUCAUAAUUUAAUUCAAAGGAAAACUGUGAUACGGUGUUUUCUUAAUUGUUGGACAUAGGCUUAGAGAUGUUUGGUGUGAAAAAUUAUUGGAGAUGAUCCGGUUGCUUGCUUUCUGAGCUGAUGUAUGCUUGGUUUAAUUAAUUUGAGAACUUUUUCCUUUGUA